AUGGCUCCCGUCGUAUAUUUGGUCUCUGGCGCGAACCGUGGAAUCGGUUUUGGUCUCGUAAAGGCGCUAUCUUCUCGCGAAGAUACUAUCGUAUUCGCCGGAGUGCGCGACCCGGAUGCAGCUACAGACCUGCAGAGUUUCGCAGCCGAUAAACCAGGGAGAGUGCAUAUUGUGAAACUGGUGUCAAGCGAUGCCAAAGGCAACGAGGAGGCGAUCUCGUUCAUCCGCGAGAAAGCCGGACGUUUGGACGUUGUCAUCGCGAACGCGGGUAUAAACUACGCGUAUGGACCUCUGUACAAGGCUGCGGAGGAAGAUUUACGGACACAUUUCGAGGUCAAUGUCGUGGGCACCUUCGUCCUGUUCAAGGCCGCAUUGCCGCUCUUGAAAGCCAGCAGUGCUUCCGGGUCUGCACCACCCAAGUUUGUCGCGGUGUCAUCGCAUGGCGGUAGCCUCGAGCGUGGUGCAAGCGCGCCAUUCGACAUGGCGCCGUACGGUAUAUCUAAGGCAGCCUUAAACUAUCUGGUGCGCAAGUUGCACUAUGAACAUGAGAAGGAUAGGCUAGUGGCGUUCCCUAUAUCCCCGGGCCCCGUUACUACGGAUAUGGGCAGCUACGGGGUAGAGCACGACGCGGGCAUACGCAACCUCGAUUUCAAGACCGUAGAUGAAAUUGCGGCCCCACUGCUGAAGGUGAUAGGUAAUGCAACGCGGGAGAGCGAGGGCGGCCAUUUCCUAAAUUUCGACGGAGCGAAGAUUCCAUGGUGA